GUGACGGUGCGUAUCGUGAUGCUGUCCCGUGUGUGUGGGAACGUGGCAUCACCUCACCUCACCUUCCCCUACGCGUGAAUCGAAUUCAUCGUUGCUGUCUUUGCCUCGUCGACGCACCAACGACGGCCAACAUUCGCCUCGACAACGGCGUGGACGAACAACCCUUCUCACACUACUGUUGCACGCUUUUGCCUCCGCAGCUACCACCGAAUUCCACACAUACACACACACGCAUACACACACGAAACGUAAGUUGUUGUGACGUGGGGAAUAGUGCACCUAUGUAUGUACGUAUACUUUCUUAUAUAUAUAUAUAUAUAUAUUUAUAUUUAUAAUUUUUUUUCGAACAUUGUUUGAUUGUUUUUUCUCUCUAUUUUCAUGCUCGGUUUGUACCCGUAAAACAACGUCGUUCCCUUCUCUCUCGCGCGCGCGCGCUCUACGCAACUUCUCUGUUUGAGGUUUUUUUUCCUUUUUAGUACCUCUCCCCUUCACAUCCCACCUCGCUCUUCAGAGCACCUCACGACGUUUUCACCUCUGCGCUCUUGGCUGCCUCGUUGGACGUAGGUGUCAAGGGGCCUGCUACGCAACGUGGAAUUAUAAUAUAUAUAUAUAAGAAUACGCAUACCGUGUGUCUGCCGCUCUUCUUCUCUCCCUACCAUUUGUAUUGUUGGCGAAGACAAGCACACAAUACAAAGCACACACCGUUUACCGUGUUGGAGUGGAUCAAAAGAGCAUUUAGAAAAACAAGCGUCCUGGGGCAGUUGCUCAACGCUUCGGCAUCGUGGGUUUGUAAAGUAAUAAAGGGAGGAGAGGUGCAACAGAAGAAAAAACCAGAAAGAUAUUUCAAGAAGCCACAGAGAUAGAGACAUCACACUCCAAAGGAGGGGAGAAGAAGAAAAAAAAACAUCUUCGUCAGCUUUGGCUUUUCCUCUUCUCGUGCUUGUUUUGUUUCCACCCUCCUUUCAUUCUCUUUACAUUUCCCUUUUUUUCUUUUUUUGAAUUCGUUUUCAUCCUUUUUCCUCCUUCUUUUCCCCACGUAGUUUUGUCUUUGUACAUCUUUUGUCUCAUUUUGACCUGGGAAGCCAUUCGGAUCUUUCGCGAGUCUCAACAUUCGGUUUUCCUUUUCCUUUCCUUCUCAUCGUUUUGGAUCCUCUUCUUCUUUUAGCUCGUUUGCUUUUCCCUUUUCUUUUUUCUGACGUUGAGUGCGAGUUUUCGAAACAGCGAAGGGUGCGUAUUUCUCUCCUCCGCCGCUUCAUUCGUUGCCGUUGUGGGUCGAUAUAUCUUCUUCUUUCUGUUCCGUCGAGUUGUUUGAGUUUUCAUCGUUUCUCUUGUGCCCCUCUUCCUCUUCUAUUUUUGCUGUUUCCAUCUCCAUUCGGAGACCGCCGGCUUACCCCCCCCCCCUCCCUCCCACACACCCUCGCCGAAAGGGCGUUCUUCUCCGUGGGAGAAAAAGGGUUUUUAUUAUUACUGUGGUUGUGGUUCUUUUCUUUGGGAAGUGCCUUUCUCGCCUUCCUCCCCCUCCCCCCCCCCCAAACCCAACCCAACCCCAAACCCCCCUCAGCCCAUCCCCUCGCGCUCAUCGCUUUACACUUAACUGCCUUCCCCUGCUUCGACAAGCGCACCUCACAUCCCAUCCACGUCAAAGAGAACGCCUUUUGGUGGUUUCCCACUUUUGUUUGUUUUCUUCUACAUAUUGCUUGUGCUGUCGAAGUCAUUUUAUUCUUGUUUUGUUGGCGUUUGGCGAGUGCCAGACAUUCACAGUCGUGAUCCGCGUGGAGUUGUGCGGUGCAGCGUGGAGCAGACAGCGGUGGCAACCAGUUUAUAUAUAUUUCUCUAAGUGGAUCACAACCGUUUUCCCUUUGAAGGGGGGCUCUCUGUUGCGGCCAUCUCUCUCUCUCUCCCACCUGAAGCGACUCGGAGUACCGCACGCGUCAGGUCGUUCUCAAAAAAAAAAGGGAAGGAAGGAAGGAAGGAAGUGAAAUCAACAUGUCGUCUCCCAUCUCCGAGAACAAGCUGGAGUGCAAGAGCAUGGUGCUGAGGCUGCACACUCUCUUCGACAUCCCGCGCGACCUCGUCUCGCUGGACUCUCGACGCGAAAACGUUGAGCUGGUUCUCAAGCCCACUGCAAAGUACUACUCCGAGAACAAGCGCUUCUGCAAGCUGGACUUGCCGGAGCAGUACGUGGCCUUCUCUCCUUCCUCCGUCAUCUUCAAAGGCGAUCGCUUUGUGCUGGACUUCUGCACCGCACCUCCGCAGUGCGGGCUGUCCACCGCACGCGCCGUCACUCCGCACCGGACGUCGUCGUUUGCGAACAGCGUGCCGCCCAACUCCACGGAGCUGCACGUCCCGCACGGCCUCUUCAAUACGACCGGACCCACCGUGGCGUGCAGCACGGACAAGAUGAACCUCCCGGCUGAAGGGGACGUGCGCUCCAGCGCAGGCGGUGGCGGCAUCGCUGCGAAGUCCCGCACCGCAUUUGGCAACUACGCCGUCGAUGACCACGAUGUGAACCUGCAGAGCCCCACGACGACCAAGCUGAAGCCAGCCGCAACGAAUUCAGCCGCGGCGGAUGCGGCGGCCCCGGCAGGGGCGGUGAUGUCGAACGAAAUCACUCUCCGCUACCCAACCCGCUCCGACCUGAAGGUCAUCAUUGAGGUGAUGGUCGGUGUCCGCCAGCGGCGCCACGACUCGUCCGCCGUGCGCUGGAUCACGCCGUCGUGGUCUGAUCGAUCCGUCCAGGGCAGCAUCAGCACCUUUGCCGCCGCAGACGGCGAAGUCACGCGCCAUAAGCUGGUGAACCGUUUUGUAGGGCUGACGGUGGGCCAUCUCUCGUGCACGAUGGAGCUGCCGUACGCGUCGGAGGACCUUCGCAAAGUCUGCGCCUGUACGCCGAGCGCGAUUACAGAUGCGGCGGACCGGCUGUGCGACGACUACGAGCGUCUCUCCCGCCUCCACGCUCACGCCAGUGAGGAGCAGCCCAGCAAGAUGCGCGAGAAGCGGCCGCAGCGGUGCAGCGCCUUCGUGAAGCGUCUGCAGGGCGGUGCCAGCGAAGGGGACAUCUACCGCUCUCUGUUGCUCGAGGUGUGCCCCGACUACUACCUUCGCCGCAUACGCCGUAUUUGUACCAUGUAUCCGCCUACACCGCAGAGCAGCGCCUGGGUGCGCACGGAGGCUGAGCAGCUCGCCGAGGAGCACGCCGGGCGUGAGAUGGAGCUCAUCCGCAGCCUCUGCGCGGAGCUCGGCCCCGACCUCAGCGCCAUCUCCCCCCGCAAUCGAUUCCUCUCCUACACGAACGUGCAGCCGCUUGGGGAUGAGCUGUGGCGGUGGAUACGGGAGAACUUCGCGAACCAGGAAAACGACAUAUUGGACUACGAGCCGGAUGUGUUCAUGGAGGCGCUGGCGCUGCAGUACGGGACACCGGAGCCGACGCCGAUUCAGUACGGCUUCCCGCCCAUCUCGUACGAGCUGGACCGCCGCGCGUACUUCUGCGACUCCCUGCGCUUCCCGGUCAACCGCGAGCAUCACCGCUACCGCGACGAAGCCCUCGCCGCGCGUCAGACGCGCGUGCCGCUUCAGCUGACCCCGAAUGAGCGCCCCCUUCACCCAAUCCGGCCCACCUCGCGAAACAUGGGGGAGAUCGACAUCUUGCUGGAGAAGUACAAGCCCGAGUUUGUGCAGAUCGUGCCUUCCAUUGCGGACGCCAUGGAGUGCGUGACGCAGCAGAACGAGCGGCUGCUGCAGCGGCUGAUGCGCGAGUCGCAGCAGCAGCAGCAGCAGCAGGCAAGCGCGACUGGAGGCAACAGCGCACGUGAGCGGAUGCGCGGCCUGCCCUACGAGGUCUGCCCGCACGGCUUUCAGCUCUUCCAGUCAGAGCGGGCCACGGGCACCUACGUGGCGCUGCUGAAUCGCUUUGCCGAAUACACCUACAUCUCCCCGAGCACCCUCCUCUCGGCGGUGAUCUACCUAGAUCGCCUCUGCCUGCUGCACCCGCGCCUGCUGCUCACCUCCCGCAACAUUGAGAAGCUGCUCGUGGCCUCCGUGCGGGUGGCGAGCAAGGUGGUGGACCUGCGCAGCGUGAACAACAAAAACUUCUCGAGUGUGUUUAGCCUCAUGGUGCAGGACAUGAACGACCUGGAAUCGGAGUUUUUGAAGCUCAUGGGCUUUGACUUCUUCCUCUCCCCAAUGGAGUUCAGCAACUACGCCCAUCUGGUGCAGCUGCCGACCGCAUACCUGCCCUUGUCGUCCAGCCUGCGUCUCUCGUCCACGAACAUCAACACCGGUGGCAUCGGCGCUGAAAAUCACGACGUCCCACGCGGAAACCCCGUCGCCGCCGCGGCGGGGGGUGCGGCUCCAGACAACGAAGCACUGCAGGAGCACGCAAAUGGCGGCGUGGGCGUCGGCAGUAGCAGCAGCUAUGCGGUGCGGCGCAGCGUCGGCAACCGUGUUACGGCAGACGGCGGAGGCUCCACGGUAGUGUCAGCAGCAGGAGCAGCGACAGCGGGAUUCGCUGACCCACCUGUCGCCACGUCCACCGCACGGCCCGGCCUGCCCAUCCAGCCCUCCGCACCCCCACCGCGUGGAACCGCCGCAGGGGCGAACGUCAGAGGUGCGGGGCCCAGCGGGUACACCGCCGAUGACGCCGGCUCUGUCAGCAACGGAGGACCGCCCUACCGGCCGUCUGUGUCGCCCUCGGCCAAGUCCACGACGCGAACUGCAAAUACUGGCCGACUGGGGCCGUCCACCGCCAUCACCGACAGCAACAGCAGCGGCAGCCCAAACGGCGACGUCGACACGAGUACGAGUGCAAAUGCGAGCAUCAGCACGAACCCGACAAGCAUGAAUGGGGCGAAUACCGGCGGGGUGGGCUACAAGUCGACGCUUGUGAAUGUCCACAGUGAAAAUGCCAGUGGCGCACCCCACCAAUCGAACGGGUACGCACUUAAUGGAGGCGGCGGCAAUGCGAGCAUGACGCAGGCUGAGUUUGCCGCUGGCACUCAAGCGUUGAGCAUUCCGUAG